AUAAAGUGUCCGUUCCCUCCGGGCUCCGGUCAUCCCCGUCCUUCACAUGCUCUCUUACUUACUUUCUCUCUCUAAAAAUUAGGGUUUUACUUUAUCAUCCAUGGUUCCCAUUUCAGGCCCCUCUGAAACCCUAAUACAGUAAUACUAUACACAAUUGACCGGAAAUAGGCAAAUAUUGGAUGAUAAUUGCGCGGUCGGCUGUUUUAGUUUUUUAUUUUUUUGAUUUUUUGAUUGCCCGAACGAAAUGGAGUUGAAUUCUAGUAGCGGCGGAAAAGGCGCCGCUGCAGGGGAUGGAGCUCAGCCGUCUCUUCCGCCGCAGCCGGCGCCGAUGCCCAGCACGAACUCUCCGCCGCCUUUCCUUGUGAAGACUUACGACAUGGUGGAUGACCCGAGCACGGAUAAAAUCGUGUCUUGGAGCCCUACUAACAACAGCUUCGUGGUUUGGGAUCCCCCGGAGUUCGCCAAGGACUUACUCCCCAAGUACUUCAAGCAUAAUAACUUCUCCAGCUUCGUUCGCCAGUUGAAUACUUAUGGUUUUAGAAAGGUCGAUCCGGACCGCUGGGAGUUUGCUAAUGAGGGAUUUUUAAGAGGUCAAAAACAGCUGCUUAGAAGUAUUAGUCGGCGAAAACCUGCUCAUGGACAGAAUCACCCACAGCAACAACCACAAGGACAGAGUUCAUCUGUUGGGGCGUGUGUCGAGGUCGGGAAAUUUGGUCUUGAAGAGGAAGUUGAGAGGCUGAAGAGAGACAAAAAUGUACUUAUGCAAGAGCUUGUUAGGUUGAGGCAGCAGCAACAGUCUACUGACAAUCAGUUGCAAACAAUGGUGCAGCGCCUACAGGGUAUGGAGCAGCGGCAACAACAGAUGAUGUCGUUCCUUGCAAAAGCCGUUAACAGCCCUGGAUUUCUGGCACACUUUGUGCAGCAACAAAAUGACAGCAAUAGGCGCAUAAGUGAAGGGAACAAGAAACGAAGGCUUAAGCAGGAAGUUGGUUUGGAUGAUCACUCUGUCAGCCCUGCCGACGGUCAGAUUGUAAAGUAUCAACCUAUGAAUGAUGCAGCAGCGGCAAUGCUUCGGCAAAUAAUGAAAAUGGAUUCUUCUCCUAGACUGGAGAACUUUGGCAGCAGCAGUCCUGAUAACUUUAUGAUUAAUGAUGUUUCUUCUCAAUCUAAUAAUACAUUAGACCAUGGGAGUUCACCCGACCAUGUUUCAGGAGUUACACUUCAGGAAGUCCCACCGGUUUCUGGGCAGCCUUUUGUGCCUGCAACUUCCUCAGUUACUGCUCAAGAUAUAAGCCCACUGGUUGGAGCUCAAGAGUUGCCUCCUGUUUCACUUUCUCCUUCAGAUAUGAUGAUGCCAGAGAUUUCUCAGUUUCGAGAUAUAGUGCCUGAAAGCAACAUGAAUAUCCUAGGAUCCGAAGCUUCUAGUGGUAAUCUUAUAGAUCCAACAUCACUGGCAGGGAACGGGAACAUGCCCUUAGAAAUUGAUGGAUUUUCUCCUGAUCCUCAAAUCGAGUGGCAGAAUGGCCUAAUGGAUGACGACAUACCUCUAGACUCCUCCUUCUGGGAGAAGUUUCUUCAGAGUCCACCACCAGUAGAGGUUGACCAGAUGGAUUCAACCAUAUUAGAAGAUUCUAUGGUGGACGAAACCAAGAAAGUUGAAAAUGGAUGGAGCAAAGCGGAUCACAUGGAACAACUUACCGAACAAAUGGGGCAGCUGACUUCCAAAAACAACAAAGAUCAGCCUCUUCUCUAGACAAAUGUAAAUGAGGUAAAAUCACAUUGUUUGUUAUACUUCACUUUUUCUAAUCAUGGGCCACUUUCCUAGCUUCCCAUUAAAGAGCAUAUACUACUUUUUGUUUACUAUUGGGGCCUUCAACCCUAGAUUCCUCUUCCUACUUUACCUUUUAGUUUGUUGCUUAAUUGUUAAUUAGUUUAUCCUUCCCUCCUUAGGCCAUGCUCUGUAGUGCAAGGUCCAGUGGACUUCAUUGGGAUGUGGUAUUUAAGGCUUCUUUCUUGUACUUUCACUUUCUUUCCCAUAAUGCAAUCUGUAGCUUAUUUAUAUGCUGAAUCAAAAGUUUGUUUGUUAAUGUGAUUCAUUGCUUUGGUUAA